AUGGUUUUUGUGCAGUUUUUUGCUGCAGUUUCAGUGCAGUUUUUUGCUGCAGGUUUGGUACAGUUCUUGGUGUUGUUUUGCUGCAGGUUUGGUGCAGUUUUUGGUGUUGUUGCUGUUUUUGGUGCAAUUUUGGUAACAAGGUACCAGAUAUUCGCUCAGCCAGGGGCGAUGCGGAAAACAGCUACGACAUUAACAAACCGGAAACAUGGUUUACUUGAGUACCUCAUUUUGAGGGAUUCCAUAUCUUGCCCGCAGAUCGAUAGUUAUCUUCAUUCACAUGAAGGAUAUUUGCAGAUAAGCUUCGAAGAAGCAUGGCGAAAACAAUUGUGCAGUUACAAUAAGGAAUUCUCUGAUGAGAAUAUAAAGAGGGUUCAGAUUGCCCACAAUGUGGCGGAUGCUGUCAACUAUCUCCACAACUUCUCCCAGCCUCCCUGCAUCCACAACAACUUGAAGACCAGCAACAUCCUCUUGGAUGCCAACUUGAGGGCCAAGGUUUCCAAUUUUACCUCGGCUGUUGGACACUUUGACAAGAACCAGCCAAGAACAGGAUCCAGACUCGAAAGACACUCGCAGUGGGCACUCUUGGGCACUCAUGGCUAUAUGGCCCCAGAGUCCAUCCAGAACGGAGUCAAUACUCCCAAACUAGAUGCCUUUGCUGUCGGGGUUGUCUUGUUGGACCUAUUAUCUGGAAGAAGCCGCGGCCGCUGCUGCUGCCGAUGA